CUUCCCCCUCCUCGUCGACACCGCAGCCUCAACGUUUGGAGCCUGAUCCCUCAAACUCCCCUACUAGUAGGAGCACGCUUCUUGUCGUUUCCCAGUGUCGCUCAACGUCACCGGAGAGCUUCACCCACGCCCUCAUCUGCUCUGUUGCACACACCCACUUCCCAAGCCCAGCCCUACUGUGCAGCAUUCUCCUCAGCCAACUGAAUAUUGCCCGGUUGGCACCCAAGUCUCUUGGUUCCUGGACCCUGACGUCGUCAUUUCGGCAACUUCUAUCGACGAAAAUCCAGUCCCCUCUUCCCCGGGACCGGAAACCCAACAACCACUGCGAAGCCCCACGUGUUCCUCUUGGACUAGCCCGACUCUCUUUCCACGCGGUUCCAGGACUCGGCCCAACUUGCCCAUCAUGGCCGACGUCCCUCUGCAAGUCAUUUCCGAAAAUUCUGCGUCAGAGCGUCGCAUCACCCCAUCAUGGACCAUUACCCAGCUGAGGACCAAGCUGGAACCCAUUACCGGUAUCCCGCCCUCGUCCCAAAGAAUCAGCCUCAAGACGGCUUCGGGGAAUAUUCCCAUUGAAGCAUCGGACGAGGACAGCGCACGUUUAACAGCCUUUCCCUUGGCUCCCUAUGCCGAGUUGCAUGUGGCCGACACUCGUCCGACUAGCGCACGCCCAAACUUCACGGACACUUCGGGUGUCGAGAAGUAUGUCAUGCCAGAGAAGGAGUAUGCCAAAAAGAGUGACUCGGUCCUCGCUUGGAAGAAGGCCCAGAAACUCGGUCGCUUCGACCCUGACGCACCAAGCCACGAGCAGGCCAAGAUUGAUGCUCUCCAGCAGGAGAUUGAGCAAAAGGGCAUUCAGGUCGGUAAGCGAUGCCGUGUCGGCGGCGAGGAUUCGCGCAGAGGGACAGUCAAAUACGUCGGCCAUGUCAAGGAAAUCCCUGGCGGCCUAGGUCCUUGGAUCGGAGUUCACCUCGACGAACCCGUUGGCAAGAACGACGGCAGUAUCGCCGGAACGCGAUACUGGGGUGAAGAGUCGACGUUGAAGCAUGGAGUCUUUGUGAGGCCCGAGCGGGUCGAGGUCGGCGACUGGCCGGUCCUGGACGAUCUGGAAGACAUGGAAGAGAUUUAACGAGGGCGAGGCAACCUCUCGGCGCCGUCGUUUCCAUUCUUGGAGCUCGUGCUGAUGGUCCAGUCAGAUGAAUUGCAUGGCUAGUAGUCAACGAACCCCGAUUUUCUUGCGCGAUGCUCCCCCAGCCCAAGUCUGAACACGCUAAUCGGACGAACUUCAGCGUGAAAAUUCGACGAGCUGCCGAUGGAGCAUCCCAACUUUUUGUGACGAAGGAUCACU